AUGGACAGUUCAAGCAUUUUUAUAGAAUGUGGUAGUAGUCAAGGGGAAGAUGUAGAAGUUGAUCAUGGUGAUUGUGACGGUGAUGAUGAUGACUCACUUUGGGUUCCUACAAUUGGGAUGUAUUUUUAUUGUCUAGAGGAAGUUAAAAUAUAUUAUCAAGAGUAUGCUUUAAAAAAAGGGUUUGGAUGGAGGAUUAAAUCAUCGAAAAAAGGAGAUGAUGGGGAGGUCAACUACCUAAUACUUUCAUGUUCAAGAGCAGGGUCUAACAUUUCAAAACUUUCAUGCAAGUUAAAGACACUACCAUCUAGAGAGAAAAAUUAUCCUGCCAAGAUUUGUAUUAAAUUGAAACAAGAUGGUUUGUGGUACAUUACACAAUUUGAAUCUAACCAUUCUCAUGAGACUAGUCCUACAAAAGCAAGCUUGUUCAAGGCUAACAAGAAAAUGAACUUACAUGUGAGGAGAACAAUCCAAAUCAAUGAUGAUGCGGGAGUAAGGAUGAACAAGACUUUUCAAUCGCUUGUUAAAGAUGCAGGAGGACAUGAAAAUAUUCCCUUUUGUGAAAAAGAUGUAAGGAAUUAUAUUAACAAAGAGCAUCAUGCGAUUGGAAAAGAAGGUGAUGGUAAGGCUUUGAUUAGUUAUUUUUGUAAAAUGAGGGAACAAAAUACAAAUUUCUUCUAUUUGAAUGAUGAUUUUCAUGUGAGGAAUGUAUUUUGGGCUGAUGCAAGAAGUAAAGCCACUUACGAAUAUUUUGGAGAUGUUAUAACUUUUGACACAAUAUACUUGACUAACAAGUAUGACAUACCUUUUGACUAA